UAUCAGACACGGGGCAACCAUUCAGAGCUAUAAAUGUUGUACGACCAGAGAUGAGUGCUUUUAUUUCUUUCACUCACGGAGGCAAUACAAGCAUUUGAAGAGAAUUCUCUACCACAAAUAGACUUUAUCCCGGAAAGCAAGUGCAGAGUACUGAAAACCAUGGCACCUAUUCUGUUCAACACCAUGGGGACGGAUCACAGCGAGUAUAUUGAGGAGGAAGAGGUUCAUGUGAAAAAUCCCCAUCUAGAUUCCAUGGAGGAGGACAUCCUCUAUCACCUCGACCUGGGAACCAAGACUCACAACUUGCCGGAGAUGUUUGGUGACAUAAAAUUCGUAUGUGUCGGUGGCAGUGCCAACCGGAUGAAGUCCUUUGCCCAGUUCAUCCACCAGGAACUGGGACUGCCAGGGGACAACGAUGACAUUCGGGAUAUCUGCGCCGGGACGGACCGUUACUCCAUGUUCAAAGCAGGACCUGUGCUCUCCAUCAGCCAUGGGAUGGGCGUGCCCUCCAUGUCAAUCAUGCUCCACGAGCUGAUCAAGCUCCUGCACCACGCCCGCUGCCGUGAUGUCAUCCUGAUCCGAAUCGGCACGUCCGGAGGAGUGGGCCUGGCUCCAGGGACGGUGGUGGUCACGAAGCAGGCAGUGGACUGCUUCUUCCAGGCGCAGUUUGAACAGGUGGUGCUGGGGAAGGUGAUCACUCGGAGCACGGAGCUAGACAAGGGGCUGGCUGAGGAGCUGCUGGCCAACUCCGCGGAGAUCCCCAACCUGCCCACCGUCAUCGGCAACACCAUGUGCACCCACGACUUCUACGAAGGCCAGGGUCGUCUGGACGGGGCGCUGUGCUCCUUCUCCACUGAGGAGAAGCUGGAAUACCUGCACAAAGCCUACGAUGCCGGUGUGAGGAACAUCGAAAUGGAGUCCACCGUCUUUGCCGCAAUGUGUCUCACCUGUGGCCUCAAAGCUGCCGUGGUGUGUGUGACUCUGUUGAACCGCUUCGAGGGGGACCAGAUCAACACCCCUCACAGACUGUUGCUGGAGUACCAACAAAGGCCCCAGGUUCUGGUUUCUCACCUUAUCAAGAAACGUCUGGGACUCAUCCAAUAACCUCACAGUCUGCCUAGCCCCGCUCACCCCAUGUCCUACCUGCAUUCUUCCUUGUAUAUAACUGCAACCACUUCUGUAAAUAGUGUUGAUAUGUGCAUUUCACACCUAUUUCAAAAGAGUGUAGAACUGCUUGUGUAAUAUUACUUGAAAACUGUCUUCACAAGCCGUACAUUGAUCACUGUAUAAGCUAUAAAGUAUUGCACAAAUCUGUAAUCUUCAUACAAAUGUGUAUAACUUGAUCAUCUAUUUGUUUCACAAUGUUUAUAAUGUUUAAUGGUUGAAGUUUCUCUGAAGGAUACUUGGCAUUCCUAAAUUGUGAAUUGUAUAAUGUCUUAUGCCAAAAUGUUUACGUUGUCAUGUUACUUAAAAAUAAAUAUUAGAGUAUUACACUCUACUGGU